AUGGGGCUAAAUGUCAAAAUAUCCCGUGUCCUUUCAACAACUGCUCUGCUCCUACUCACCGUUUAUUCUGUCACCUGUGCAGGCGAUGUGGAAUUCAAAUCAAGCCUACGUGGCUUUAGCCAACAACUUUUCAGUGAAUUAUUUAAGACAAAUAGUCAGACAAACAUCAUUUAUUCACCAUUCUCCAUACAUAGUUGCCUGGCCAUGACACGAAUGGGUGCCAAUGGUCAAACGGCCACUGAAAUGGAUCAAGGCCUAAAAUUCACAGGACAAAAACCCGAAGAUAUUGCUGAAAAUUAUCACACCCUAUUGGCAAAAUAUGAAGAUGGCAAAAUGCUGAAAAUUGCCAAUAAAGUCUAUGUAAAGGAACACACUCUACUGCAGGAUGAUUUCAAAAAUGCUCUUACGGAAAAAUUCUUCUCCUCGCCGGAAUUUGUUGAUUUUGAACAUACCAAAGAGGCAGCAGACCUCAUUAAUAAAUGGGUUGAAUCGAAAACUGAUAAUAAAAUCCAUAAUCUAAUCUCACCAUCUGUUUUGGGUAUUGAUACCCACUUGGUGUUGGUUAGUGCCAUACAUUUUAAGGGUGAAUGGCGGACGCAUUUCGAUGAGGAAUAUACAAGUGAUCAAGAUUUUUUCGUUGAUGAUAAGACAAGUGUUAAGGUACCAAUGAUGGUGGCAGAGGAUUAUUUUGAUUAUGCUGAAUUAAUGGAUUUGGAUUGUAGCGUUGUACGCAUGCCGUAUAAAAAUUCCGAUUUGUCAAUGAUUAUUUUAUUACCAAACGCAAAGACGGGUUUGAACUCGUUGGAGGAGAAGUUGAGAACGGUAUCGCUAAAGUCGCUGCAAUCACGUCUUUCCAAACAACAUGUUGAGGUGUUAAUGCCGAAAUUUGAGGCAGAGUUCGAAAUUAAUUUACUGGAGCCGUUAAUGAAUAUGGGUAUGAAACAAAUGUUUGGCCGCGCCGAUUUCACAAAAAUGAAGAAAUCCCCGGAACCCUUGUAUAUCUCAAGUGCGGUACAUAAGGCUUUUAUAUCGGUCACAGAAUAUGGUACCGAAGCAAGUGGUGCAACAAGUAUUGUUGCAACUGCUCGAUCGCUACCCGCUUUCUUUACAGCCAACCACCCAUUCUAUUAUGCAAUUAUUAAUGAGGACUUUAUACCAAUUUUCCAAGGCACUGUUGUUAAGUUUUGA